AUGGCUUACAACUCGAUGCCAUACUCCACCGGCGGUGAAGCCCCAGGCGUCGUCUACCACCAGGGAGGGGCGCAAAGCCUCCCCACGCGCCCUUUGGGAGGCUAUGGCACCAUACCCGGGAUCGGAUAUCCUCAAGAGAGUGGCAGGCCGCCCAGCACCGACAAGUCGCUCUUUCGGCGAGGUGUCGAAGACCCGGCGCCAGAGGAGGCCAGUAACCAGGUGAACAUGCUGGAGCUUGUCUUCCUUCCCUGGUUCCUCUUAGUGCUGGUGCUCUCCUGCUACCUGAUCGCAGGUGCUAAUGGGCAGCACGGUGUACUGUGGCUGAUGCCUUUAGUGCUCAUUGCCCUCAGCGCGGCUUACAUUAGAUAUAACUAUAGACAGGGAAACACCGACGAGGUAGUCCUCGGAUCCUUGUCUCUCACCGGCGUCAUCAUCGCCGCGGUCGUGGGCUUGUUCUGCAACAUCAACAUGCUGCAGGAGCUGCACCGGGUGAACCAAGGUGCCAGCUACUUCAACGUCUUAGCGUCGGAGUCUGCGACGAGCAAGCUCGACGCCACUAGCCUGGUCUUCACCAACACAACUCGUCUCAGUACUGCAGAGUAUUUCGGCUUCACGGAUGCGAGCACUCCGGCUGCGACGAUCUACUGUGUUGCUCCUGUGAAGACGGCAGACAGCGACUUCAAGCGCAUUCAAUUCUGGGCCGCCGGCCUCAAUUGCUGCGGAGGACAGGAGCCCUUCAAGUGCGGCGACGCACAGAAUCCACAGGCACAUGGUGGCCUGCUUCUUCCGGAUCGCGACCAGGGCGGCUCCAACCGCAAGUUCUUCGAGAAGGCAAUACAAGGCGCAGUCGACAAGUUCGGCCUCGAGGCCGGCAACAACUACCUUCUGCUCAAUUGGAUGCAGGAUCCCAUUCAGUACAGGGACAACCUCUGGAAGAGCAGUUGGAAGCUUUUUGCCGUCUUCGGCGGAGU